GAUAUCAUGUUUUAUGCAAAGAAUUCCAUCAGUAGACCACGACGCCAUUUCUAGACUGAAGUUACUUAAAAAGAAGUUGGACUUUCCAGAGUAACACGAUAGGUGAACCGAGCCAGCACCAAAAAUGCCCCUGCUUGCUUUGAGCGUUAUGCUCCUUUGCAGUUUGGAUGCUGCUUUAAGUUCACCGGAUCAGUGGCUCGCACAAAUGAGGUAUUCGCGAUCAACAAGUGAUUCAAAGUGUUACAGUUUUACCGAUGGCCCCCUCAGUUUCUGCUCGAGGAGUGGUUACAACACUACGUUCAAAUACCCAGAAGAAUUGACGGAUUCAAUACUUAAAGGUGUCGCCAUGUAUGUCCAACAAGUGGUUUCGACUUUCGACAACUGUUCUAUGGAUGCCAUUGUAGGAGAAUCAUUAAUGUGCUCCUUCUUCAUCCCACACUGUAAGGGCGGAAAACGAAUUUACCCUUGCAAGCGGGUCUGCGGAGAGUUUUUGAAGAAAUGCUUGCAUAUGAUUCCUGCAAAUUUUGCAGAUUACCUCAUCGCGAUUUGUCAUAUGCUUCCAGAUAAAAAUGAUGAUCGGGAGUGUUUUGAGCCACCGAACUUCAAAACAAACGACAGUGUCAAAGGUCCCUUAGACCGGGGCUGUCAAGAACUGAUUCUUCCAGCAUGUAAGAAUCUUGGUGUGUCCAACCACACUCUCUUAUCAGUGGCGUUUCAGAAAACAUUGUAUGGGUUCCAAUACAAAAAGCCUUACCUUGCAGGAAACGUGGACCCAGGAUUUCCACCAAACGUGCAAGAAGUUUUAAAAAAGUAUCCUAAGUGUCAGGAAAAUAUCAAAAAGCUUUAUUGUGGAGAGCGUUUCCCACCAUGUUUCAAAGAGGAGGGGAAAGGAUUUUACUCCAUUUGUAAAUCGGUUUGCAGCGAAAUUCUUAGAGACUGUCCGAACUUUUUCAGAGAUGAUUUGCCAGAAGCCGAGUUUUGUGCCAUAUUGGGAACAGGAAAUACAAGUCAUGGAUACUGUAAGCGUACGGAGUGGCCGGCGCCAUUUAGUUGGAUACGCUAUGUUUCAGAGAGGACAUGGCAGUCCACGAAAGAAGCUCCAACUGAAAGCACCAAGUCAAAAGGUUCUAAAACAUGGGUGAUUGUGGUGGCUGUGUUAGCGGCAUUUGUCGUUGUAGGAAUGAUCAUAUUCGUGGCCUUGUAUAUGAAGUGGCGACGCGGUCCUCUGACCUCUGGGUACAAGAAACAAGAAAAUGAUACGAUGACUCUGGAGAAUUCAGUUGACCUCUGAAUGCCGACAUCACCUCGAGUAAUGCUUAGAGAACUUAGAAGUAAUAAGAAGACUUUUCACGAAUAUCAUAAUGCACCCUUGUCCAAAUAUAAGAAAUAAUAAGAAGCAAGUAAGCAAAUUUUGACGAUUUUGAAAUCUUCUGUAGCCGAUUAGUGUUUUUGCAGAGAAAUUACCGUAAAGACUCGCAGAUAAGCCGCACCUACGAUUUUGAUCGCAAAUUUUUGGAAAAAAGGUGCGGCUUAUCUACAAGUCUUUACGGUAUAUCAAUCUGUCAACUUAAAAAACUUGCCAAUUUUAAAAAUUAAACUUUUUUGUAAGACUAAACGAUUCAACGCCGAAAAGGGAGCGUCACUCACGUGCUCUGAUGGUACUAGGAUGCUUCUUGUUAAUUUUUCUCAAGAACUCGGCUGGAAAAGCAAGACAGGGAUGACGAGAUAUUCAUAGCGUGUAAGUAGGCCUCGUCACCAGCGCUGCGGGUCCCAGACACAAGCUUUUCCGCCCGCGGGAAGAUUGAGACGAGUCGGGGAGAGGUUUUCCGGAGGUCCGGCACUUAUUAAUUUUUAGGAGUGCUAGACCCCUUUCAGACCUCCCUCUCUCUCUCUCGCCGGCUUGCAAUGCUCAAGGCCUCUCACUAAAAUUCUUGCAGGCGAAGAAACGCUCGCGCCGAAACGCUGAAAAAAGAGGGCCUGUCUGUUGGAAAAGUAUUCAAUAAAUCAGUUAUCCAGUUGUUAUCCAACCCCUUGGAAGCAGACGAAUAAACUAAACAGUAGUGUAGUGACUUCUGCAUUGAAAAAAAAACAUUGUUUGUCUCGCUCACUUGUCUGGUGAAGACCAAUCUCAAGUUAUAUUUGAUGUGGUCAAUUGUGGCGAUGAAAGCAAAUACUCGUUUAAACAAUAUAAUUAAGGUAAUUUUAUUUAAAAGAAAAAAACCUUAAUGGACCCCCCUCUUAUGAUA